GAACAGCUGCCCCGUGUAGCUGAGAGACCUGGUUUCAGGUGCCAACCGGAGCAUCCUCAGGCUCAUUAAUAAUGGACGACUCUGACAGAAGCAGCCUCACUUACCUUUGUUUUCCACCGUAGACGAGGGGAGACAUGGAUCUCUCUGUUUUGCCAAAUAACAACCAUCCUGACAAAUUCCUGCGGCUCGAUGUGAAGUCUUUCAUGAGGAACUCAGCUCUUCUUCAGGCCAGCCUGGUGAGGUUUCCAGGUGGGAAUCACCCUGCCGCCCAGCACUGGCAAAACCUCGUGUACUCACAGAGAGAGAAGAAGACUAUCACUGCUCAGCGAACGAGAGGACCCAGUGCACAGCGUGCUGUUGCUACGGAUCAUCCCCCACCAUCCCUGUCCUCUGUUCUGAAGAAUAACCCACUGUACGGUGACAUAAGUUUGGAGGAAGCUAUGGAAGAAAGAAAAAAGAACCCCUCAUGGACCGUUGAAGAAUAUGACAGGCAUUCCCUGCACACAAACCUUUCUGGACACCUGAAGGAAAAUCCUAAUGACCUACGGUUUUGGUUGGGAGACAUGUACACGCCCGGUUUUGAUACCUUACUGAAAAAGGAAGAGGAACAAGAAAAGCAUUCGAAAUAUUGUCGUAUAGGUCUGAUUUUGCUCCUUGUUGCCUGCAUCUUGGUUUUCAUAGUGACCGUUUGCAUGUUUUUCACCUAAAGAAACUGCCGCAGACACAGACACUUGAAAGUUCUUAAGAAUCUUUCUAAAUAAACAUUCUCAGAAAAACAGGUUCAAGUAGUACGAAUGUAUGGUUGAAUGUACAGCUCAACGUAAUUGUCUCGUAGAACACAAAUGUUGCUGGAGAUAAGCUGGCUUUCUCUCCUUUGUUCUAUGAAAUUUGUAAGAAUUCCAGAAUGGCUUUUUUCCUUUGGGAGGCAGGACUUCUGCGGAUCACAGAAAAGUCACCAUAUACAACCAAAAGUUAACACUCAGAACAGAGAACGAAACCACACCAAUAAUUGUCAGCAGCUUUGUCUUACCUCCUUGCCACCCCCACCCUCCUUUCCUCCCUAAGACAGCUGAGCAAAUCAGGGGCACCUGGGUGGCUCAGCCGGUUUAGUGCCUGACUUCCGCUC